AUGGGUAUGCAAAAGAAACAUGGGAAAGGCCGACUGGAUAAGUGGUACAAAUUGGCCAAAGAAAAAGGCUACAGAGCCCGCGCCGCUUUUAAAUUGAUACAGUUGAACAAAAAGUAUGGGUUUCUGGAAAAGAGCAAAGUCUUGCUUGAUCUCUGUGCCGCCCCGGGAUCAUGGUGCCAGGUCGCAGCGGAGACUAUGCCUGUCGGGAGUUUAAUUGUUGGAGUUGACUUGUCGCCAAUUAAAGCCAUUCCAAAAGUAAUCACAUUUCAAAGCGACAUUACGACCGAUAAGUGUCGCGCAACAAUUCGUUCCUACUUCAAGACCUGGAAAGCCGAUACUGUCCUGCACGACGGAGCCCCAAACGUUGGGACAGCUUGGGUACAAGAUUCAUUUAACCAAGCAGAGCUAGCUCUCCAGGCCAUGAAGUUGGCUACAGAAUUCUUGAUUGAAGGAGGAACUUUUGUCACUAAAGUCUUUAGAUCUAAGGAUUACAAUAAUUUACUCUGGGUAUUCAAUCAGUUGUUUAACAAAGUAGAAUCCACGAAGCCUCCUUCGUCGAGGAAUGUUUCGGCCGAAAUCUUUGUUGUGUGCCGCGGGUAUAAAGCUCCAAAGAGGAUCGAUCCAAAAUUUCUCGAUCCUAGAUCAGUCUUUGCAGAACUAUCUGAUCCUACCCCGAACAACGAAGCGAAAGUCUUCAAUCCCGAGGUAAAGAAGCGAAAGCGGGAUGGAUAUGAAGAAGGAAACUACACCCAAUUCAAGGAAAUUCCGGCCAGUGAAUUUAUUAACACUUCAGACCCAAUCGCCAUCCUUGGCAGCUUGAAUCGCCUGAAUUUUAACCAACCGCCGAAUGGCGAUGUUGCCCUCGCAGCACUGGAUCGGUUGCCAGAGACAACCGAAGAAAUCCGAAACUGCUGCGCUGACCUAAGAGUCCUUGGUAGGAAGGAGUUUCGGAGUCUCUUGCGAUGGCGACUAAAAGUUCGUGAAAAGUUUGGAUUCCCCUCCAAGAAGAAUCCGGCGACAACCGAAGAAGAGACUACUACUGUCGAACCUAUGGACGAAGAAAUUAAAAUUCAGCAAGAGCUGCAAGCACUGAGCGAGAAAGAGAGUGCACGAAGGAAGAAAGACAGGCGAAGAGACAAUGAAAAAAAGCAACGAGAAAUUGUUCGCAUGCAGCUUCACAUGACGACACCCAUGGAUAUUGGGUUGGAACAGGCUGGUCCCAGCGGAGAGGACUCGAUGUUUCGGCUAAAAGAAGUGGAUAAGACUGGAUCGAUUGACAAAAUUACUAGGGGAAAAAUGGCUACCCUUACGGAAGCAAGGAAUUCUGGUGGAAUUGCAAAUAAUGCCAACCUAAAAGAAAGUAGCGAUGAAAGCGAUGAAGAGGAGGAUCGGCUAGAUCGAGAACUCGAUAGUCUCUAUGAAUUGUAUCAGGAGCGCAAAUCCAACGCCGAUUCAAAGCAAAGGGCAAAAAAGGCAAGAAAAGAGCACGAUGAUGGUCAAUGGGAAGGGUUCUCAGCAGACGAAGCUAUAAUCGAUGAUGAUCAGCUUAAUGUAGAUAGUAGCGAUGAUGAUUCUGAUGGUGAAUCCCCAGCACAGAAGUCUUUAUUGACUGAUCUUGAAGUCCAAAAGAGCAAUGGUGGUCUUUCAAACAGAGCUGCCAAGUUCUUUGACGAUGAUGUUUUUAAAGAUAUCCAGGGGGGCAUGGAAGAAUUGUCUGAAUCCGAGGAUGAUGAGGAGAUGCUCGAUAAAAAGAAGAGUCUCAAAGCGAACGAGCAGCUAGAUUCGGAUAGAGAGCAUAUAUCUAGAGGCACUAGAGCUAAAUCUAUACCUUCCGAAAGCGAAGAAGAAGACGGCCCUGGAAACCUAGUUGCAUCUACAGAUGAGAAUCAAUGGGAAGAUGAGCCUGUUAAAAAUGGCAAACCAGACAUUGAUAUCAUUACAGCUGAAGCCAUGACCCUCGCUAGACAAAUUGCAUCUGGUGAGAAGUCGACGCAUGAUCUCUUGGAUGAGGGCUGGAACAAAUACGCAUUCAAAGAUCGCGAUGGGCUCCCCGAAUGGUUCCUUGACGACGAAGGUCGACAUGACAAACCUCAUAGACCCAUAAGUGCGGCAGCGGCUGCUGCUGUGAAGGAAAAGUUACGCGCCCUCAAUGCACGGCCUAUAAAGAAGGUGCGUGAGGCGAAGGAUCGCAAGAAGUUCAAGGCUGCGCAGCGACUCGAGAAGCUCCGUAAGAAAUCAGCUAUGAUGCAGGAUGAAGAGGGCAUGACAGAGAAAGAUAAGGCACAAAAUAUCGUCAAACUCAUGAGUAAGGCGGCGAAGAAGAAGCCCAAGAAACAGGUUAAGGUCGUCGUCGCGUGUGGUGGGAAUAAAGGAAUUGCGGGGCGGCCUCGAGGCGUUAAGGGACGUUAUAAGAUCGUUGACGCGCGCCUAAAAAAGGACACGCGGGCGGAAAAGCGGCUGGCCAAGAAAAAGAAAUAG